CAUGUAUGUCUUUUAUAAUCAGAAAUUUAGACAAGAGCCAAGAAAACUUUUCAAAUUUCAUAAGAGGAGUGUUGAAUCCAUACUUGAGGUCAGGGAAACUCAUAUGAGAUAGAGAACUGUACUGAAGGUGCUGGACAAUGUUAGAAGCAGCUGGGGAGGCCAAAGGACCAGUCUGAAAAUCUGAAGUGGUUUGUGGGAAACUGCAGAGCUUUUUUUUUAACAAAGUACAGUGUGUAGAUGGAGGGCAGGAAGAAUCCAAACAAAGGGCUUGUAACAAGUUCAUGAAAAGCCAUGCUCACUUCCCACAAUGACUACCCUAAGGAUUAGAAAUGUCAGAGGAGCAGCUGCUCAGAUUUAGGUUUAAAAGACAGAAUACUCCACAGCUGUGUAGAAAGUGGGAGGGAAGUAAGCCAAUCAGGACUCCCAAGAAAGACCUUAAAUUAAGAUAGAUGAUUGAUCCUAGGAAUAAGGUAUUGGUGGAGUAAAAGAAAAAAAAAAAAAACUUUUUGCUGGCGAAGAUGGUUUAGCGGUUAUGGCACUCGGCCACAAAGCCAAAGGACCCAGAUGGAUUCCCCAGGACCCAGGUUAUUCAAUGAAUCAGCUUACUAGGAAUCUACAGAUUAUACCACGGCUUUUUGAUGUAUACAGAACCAUGUGGUUCCGAUCCUACUGGAUGACCUUUUCCUGUUUGAACAAAAUCAAAAGUUGCAGGCCCCCUUGGAAAAGACUAUAUAAUACUUUACAAACCACUGUCGACAGCAACGAGGUCAAAACCUUCCUAGCCCUGGCUCACAAGUGGUGGGAUGAGCAAGGAGUAUAUGCACCUCUUCAUGCUAUGAAUGACCUGAGGGUCCCAUUUAUUAGGGACAAUCUUUUGAAAACUGUUGCUAAUCACCAACCAGCAAAGCCAUUGUCUGGCAUGAAGAUUCUUGAUGUUGGCUGUGGUGGUGGACUGUUAACUGAACCUCUAGGGCGACUUGGGGCUUCAGUUAUUGGAAUUGAUCCUGUGGAUGAAAAUAUUAAAAUUGCACAGCACCAUAAGUCAUUUGAUCCAGUCUUGGAUAACAGGAUAGAGUACAGAGUGUGCUCCCUAGAAGAGAUUGUGGGAGAGACUACAGAAACGUUUGAUGCUGUCAUAGCUUCUGAAGUUGUGGAACAUGUCAUUGACCUAGAAACAUUUAUAAAGUGCUGCCACCAAGUGUUAAAACCUGAUGGUUCUUUAUUUAUUACUACAAUCAACCAAACACAGCUGUCCUAUGCCUUGGGAAUUGUUUUUGCAGAACAAAUUGCAGGUAUUGUACCAAAAGGUACUCAUACAUGGGAGAAGUUCGUGUCACCAGAAAACCUAGAGAGUGUUCUGGAAUCAAAUGGUCUGUCAGUUCAGACUGUGGCAGGAAUGCUCUACAAUCCCUUUUCAGGUUACUGGCAUUGGAGUGAAAAUGCCAGCAUCAACUAUGCAGCUCAUGCUGUGAGGUCCAAAGUACAGGAACACCAGGGGCCUACUGAAUUUGUUUCAAAGGGGGAAACAGAAGAGCUUGGUGAUAAAGCUUCCACCAGCCUGUGGGUACAUGAAGAGCUGAAGAAAUGAACAUUUAUUCAGGAAUGUAAUAAUAUGGCUUAAAAGUCUGAUGUUAGCUGGAUAUGGGGGUUCAUACCUUUAAUCCCAGAUCUCAGGAAGCUGCCUGGACUACAGAAUGAGUUGAGACCCUUCUUUAAAACAAAACAAAACAAACAAAUAAAAUUCAAACCAAACAAAAUAAAAGGUAUGAUGUUAACAAAAAAACAUGAAGUAUAUCUUUUGAGAGAGUAUCAUGAAAGAAAGAAGAAUUUGGGUCAUGGAGAUGCCUCACUGGUUAAAGGCUGUUGGCCCGGGUUUGAUUCCCCAGUACCCACAUAAAGUAGUGCAUGUGUCCAGAGUUUAUUUGCAGUGGCAAGAGGUUCUGGCAUGCCAUACUUUCUGUUUUUCUCA